AUGCAGUGGAUAGAGGUGGCAUACACAGUUUUGAUGAUUAGUUCCAGUUUGUGCUCUGUGUGUGGGAACGCUGUACUGCUUCUCCUGCUGCUGUCUGACAGGAGCCUGCAGACGGAGACAUGGACCCUGACGCUCAGUUUCAGCCUGAGUGAUCUGGCACUUGGCCUCUCCACCAUCCCUUUUGGAGCCCAUAACAGCCUGUUCCGGCCACAGGGAUAUGCCAGCUCAAGUAUGCUAUGCCAAGGCAGCGCCUUUCUUUUCCUGCUGUUCCAGUUGGCCUCAGUCCACUCGCUCACCUGGGCCACCAUUGACAAGUUCAUGGAGAUCUGCUUCGCUCUUAAAUAUGCACAAAUCUUCAAUGCCUGCAGAACAAGAGUGAUUCUUGCAAUCAUUUGGAUCUAUUCACUGCUGAACGCAUCUCUGCCGUUGCUGGGCUUUGGAAGCUAUAGCUACAGCAGCAGCAGGUUUCUCUGCGCUCCCAGUUUUGAGCCUGCCAACACUGGCUUCAAUAUGCUCUUCAUAGUAGUGGGAAUCAUUGUGCCCAUUCUAGCAAUGUGCUCCAUGUAUGCAUAUAUAGUGUACAUAGCCAGGAAUCAAGUACGACGAGGGACAUUUGUUUGCAAUGAACACCACUGUUUUUAUGUGCCUGCCAAUAAUUAUUUCAAGAGCUCCAUUGUCAUGGUGACAACCACAGUGUGUCUACUCAUUUGCUGGCUGCCAUACAUCACCAUCAGCUUCUAUGAGACCCUGACAGGAAGAGAGAGCCCUCAACCCGCCUCCGCUGUAGCCACCUGGCUAGCGCUCUUCACCUCCACACUCAACCCGUGGAUUAAUUCCAUGUCCCAGACGUAA